AUGACCAGCAUAAGUGAAAAAAUAAUUGAGGAUAUUAUUCGUCAGGUUCAACGGCAAUUUAAAGGUUCGAUUAGCAAACUAAAAGAAAAAUCUACUAAAAAAAAUAAAGAAAACACAAUAAAAGCCGAUCAUUAUAACCCCCUUUUUUCCUCUUUGCACAGUUUUUUAACUAGUUUAAAUGUCUCUGAAAACAGUAUCUUUCAACUAGCCGAAAUAAUCAAUCAAUUAGAUGAAAAUCAAACUCUUUCGUUGCCAGAUAAAAUUAAUACUUUUAUUACUCAAUUAGAAGAAAUAAAAA